AUGGCCCUCCUCCUCGGUUCCAUACUUGGCCUGGCCGGCCUGACCCGCGCUGAUCCGCCACCGCCCAUGUCCCUGUGGCAGGUUAAGCCCUACCUCGACUACGACGAUCAGCUGUAUGCCGGGUGGGACCAGAUCAAGGUCGUCAAGGAGGUGGAAGUCUAUAACGGCCAGGCUGAGAAUCGAACCUACGCCCACCACCCCGAGCUCUACGCCAUCGGCGACAAGGUGUUCCUCAUCUACUCGUCGGCACCUGUUGACGAGGACAGCAUGGGUCAGGAUGUUUGGCUGUCAACCUCCGACGACGCCGGACUUACUUGGACCCACGGCACCUCCAUUAUGCCGGCCGCCUUGCUACCGAACCAGACGGAGCUCCACAACUUCAAGUGGUGGUGUGAUCGUGGCAUCACGCAACGGGUAUGGCAGGGUCUCGCGUUCGUGCGCCUCGACGACGGCGAGCUUUUCGCCAUCGGCCAGUCCGGCAGCCGAUGGUGCCCCGGCGAUGGCAAGGGUGGCGGCUUCCGGUCUGCCGGUCGUAUUGCCGUGCCCAUCAGCCUCGACGGCGAGGCGACAGCCGACCCGUGCUGGAUCGAGACAAACGAGUGGACCGAGGAGCAGCUGUAUCCCGAAACCAUAUACGGCACCGAGUUUGGCAUGAAGUUCUGCAAGCGAGCCUGCGAGAUCAACAAACACCUCGUGCAGCCAGCAGACGCCCCCGCGUGGUCGCCGUGGUUGUACAACUCGCGGUUCAUCGCUGGCGACGGCGCCCAUCGCAUGGAGGAGAACACGCACUCGGUAUGGUUCAACGACACAGACUCGCCGACGGGCGGCUACUGGCAGCGGUUCUGGCGCGACAUAUCCUCGGAACCACUCAACACGCACAACGUCUGGAUCGAGUACAACGAGGACCCCGAAGGCCGCGACUGGUACCCGCGUCGAAAGCAGGAGCAGGGCAACCGUAUCUUCCAGACCAACAUCCCCGACGGCAAAACGAAGCAGUGGCACGGCAAGCUCGAUGGGUCGGGCGACCGUUAUCUGCUCUCGAACCCGCGGUGGAACCCGGACAAGCCGGAGAGGCAACCUCUGACGUUGGCCAUCUCGCGUGGAGACGACCCUUCGUUCCGGGCCGUGGGUGUACUUCGAACGAACGCACCGGACAAUUGGAUUCCGGACACGCGGGGUGGGAUCAAGGACCGCGCUCACGGGUAUAGCUACCCGACGGCGAUCCAGAUUGGCGACCGGUUGAUUGUGUCGUAUAGCGAGAACAAGGAGAAUAUCUGGGUGAGCGUCGUGGACAUUAGCGAGUUUCCCGAGGACCAGGACAAGUGCCAGAAGUAG